AUGUAUCAAGAGGAUCCAGAAAAAUAUGCUGAGGAAGCUAACACUAUCCAUCGCCUUAGACAAGACAUGAGAGGUGCUGGGAAAGACUUAACUGGCAGGGAUUUAAUGUAUCGUUAUUAUGGACAAUUAGAACUACUUGAAUUGAGAUUUCCUACUGAUGGCGUUAAACGUGCAUUCAAUUUCUUUCAAGCUGCUGCCGGAAUGUAUAAUUAUAUCAAUGACAAUUUUUUACAUGCUCCUUCAACUGACUUAAGUAGAGAAGCUGUAAAGUUACUCUCUCAAUUAAUGUUAACGCAAGCUCAAGAGACUUUUCUUGAACAAAGUAUAAGUGGAAAAAAGAAGCCUGCUCUUAUUGCUAAAUUGGCUUCUCAAACUGGAUGGUCUUAUGGCAAUAUUGUAGAAAAUAUGAACGAUCUGGUUACAAAAAGCGUAUUUGAUCGAAGUUGGUUAACCGUUUGUCAAAUUAAACAUAAAUAUCACAUGUCAAUCGCACAAUAUCAAAAAGCUCUGGCUUGUGAAGAGGAAGGCAAAUAUGGUGAAUCUGUUGGUCGUCUUAAUAUGGCUGAAACUUUUGCUAAAGAUGCCAACAAAUCAUCCAAUAGUUUUGUUUCUUCCUUUUCUCCAACAAAUUCACCAACUCUACCUCCUGACGCUGCUACCUCCUUACAAGAACUCACAAAAUCAAAUCUAGCUCUUAUUACCGAGAAAAAAAAUUCUGCAACAAAAGACAAUGAUAUUGUUUAUCAUGAUAAUGUUCCACAAGAAAGUGUCAUUCCACCUAUUGAAAAGUUAAUCGCUGUAAAAUCUAUACCAAUACAGGAGCUUUAUAAUAAUCCAAACGAUAUUCAAAAAAUUAUUGGUGCUGAUAUUUUUCAACGCCUUAUUCCUCUAUCAGUUCACGAAUCUGCUUCUUUAUAUUCUGAAGAAAAAGCUAAAAUAGUGCGCAGUGAAACUGAAAGAUGUGAUUUAGCGAACGGAGAAUUGGAAGCCGUCUUAGACUAUAUGAAAUUACCAGGUUUAUUAACAAAAUUUAAAAAUAAUAAUGAUGAUAGAUCAUUUAAUGAGUUUAUAACACCGACACCUGAAGUAAAACAAUGGGCAAAUUUAAUUAAAGAGGAAGAAGAACGAAAAGGUGCCUUUAAAGAUAUAUUGAUGACUUUACAGGGACUGAGAGGACAAUCAAAAGAGCUAAUGGAUGACAUUGCGCUAGUUUUAGAGAAUGAACAACGAGAGUUUGAUGCAAUGCGGUUAAAGUAUGGCGAUUCAUGGACUCUGCCACCAUCUGCAUCACUUACUGCUGUUUUUCGUCAAGACUUACUUAGUCACCGUGAUAGAUUUGAGCAAGCUGGAAAUUCAGAUAGACACUUGUUUCAAAGAUAUGAUCAGUCAAUGUCUGAUAUAACAAUUUUGAGUAAUGGAGAAAAUAGUGAUGAAUUAGAAAGAAUGUUUGUCGAGGCAUUGGCCUCUUUUGGUACCAAAACAUCAAGUAAUGGCGAAAAUUUAUUGGACGUGGACGUUUCACGACCAUUAGAAGAUAUUCCAACCAAGGUUAAUCAAGUUGAAGAAUGUUUAAGUAAUUUAUAUAAAGUUAAAAAGGAAAGAAUGGAUACAUUAAAUGAUUUGAAAGAAAAGCUUGAAAAGUUUUCACCAUAUCGAAAUCGAAUAACAUCUAGCAUUCAUCAUCAACAAGCAUUGUUAGAGGAAUUAACAGUCUUUUACAAAAACUUAGUGGGAGGGGAAGAAGCGCGAUCAUUGCAGGAUCGAUGGGAUCAAGCGGAACGAAAGAAAAGAGAGAAUCUUUCAAAAACUGUGCAUCAAUUCGCAAAAACUCGCCAGCUAGAACGAGAAGACUUGAUACGAUCGAUUCAAAGUCAAGAAGAACAACGAAUAAAAAACCAAAUGAACAAAUUUAAUGUGACCAAUGUAACGAUACCUACUACAGGAAGUACACCUUAUGAUACUGCGGUGCAUUUAUCCGAAGAAUUAAACAAAUUAUCACUCAAUCCUGGAGUUCCUAGUACAAAUAUUUAUACAGCUAAUCAUAUCAGUCAAGAAGUGAGCACCACAAAUGUUCCAACCAACGAUUCAACGUUCUAUGACAAUAUUACAUCCCCCACCGUCCAGUCAUUUGCGUUACCACCAAUUCAUCAAGAUUCAUACCCUACACCUUCAGCACCAUCACAUACUGGUCCUUCAGCACCACCACACGUCAGUCCUUCAGUACCACCACACGUCAGUCCUUCAGCACCACCACACAUCAGUCCUUCAGCACCACCACACUUUAGUCCUUCAGCACCACCACACGUUAGCCCUUCAGCACCACCACACGUUAGCCCUUCAGCACCACCACACGUUAGCCCUUCAGCACCACCACACGUUAGCACUUCAGCACCACCACACGUUAGCCCUUCAGCACCAUCGUAUGUUAGCACUUCAGCACCACCUCCAAUGGCUGUACCAAAUUCACCAACAUCUCAUAAUCCAUAUUAUUCACAAGCUCCUCAAAGAGUUGUUACACAAUCAUCUAUCGGAUAUUCAAUGCAAGCAGCGUCACCAAAGGCACAAGGCCCUCCCGUUCCUCCUUUACCUUCAGAAUAUCAACAAAAUAUUCAGCAACAGCAACAUCCACAAACUUCACAGAUGAAUAGCCAGUCAGUGACAUCACAACAACCGCCUAUUUCAGGGCCAUCUAGUAUAUAUGGAGCUUCAUUACCAUCUCAGCCUAAUUACUCACCAACAAAUUAUCGUUUUUCUCAACAACAGCCACCUCAACAAUUACCCCAAUCGCCAACACAACACCGUCAAUCGACCUAUGAUGGUUUUGCAUCACCUUUACAGAGUGGUUACGUUCAACCACCUUCUGGGUUGCAUCAAUCUCAAAUUCCUCCCGCACAACAGCAAUAUUCUUCAUCUGUUCCUGCGGUUCAACAACAACAAUAUACUAUGCAGACUAUGCAGAGACCACAAUUUAGUCAGCCCUCUCAAAUGUUGCCAACGCAACAGCCACAAAAUCUUUAUCAGACAAAUCCAAUCCCAUCACAAGUUCAGCAACCUGUAGUAGGAUAUUAUCAAAAUUCUUCACCACAAGUCCCUAUCCAACAGGGAAAUUAUCCUCCAACAGCUGGUCUUCAGCAGUCUAAUCAUAGUUACCAACAAGCACCUUAUCAUGCCCAAUAUCGGCCUCCAACAGCGCCACCACCUCCAAGAAAUGAUGGCCCUUCAUUAUUAGAUUAG